GUGAGAGAGUCAGCGGAGAGAGUAAACGACCUGCAGCUGGACGGAACCGCGACCGAACCAUGAUGUACUUCCAUCUCUGUCCUGACGCCCUCUGGGUCCCACUGCUCGGCCUGCUGCUCCUCGGCAUCCCUGCAGCGCACACGGCUAAAUGUCCACAGCAGUGCGUGUGUGACCAGAUCCAGCUCACUGUGACCUGCGUCAACAAGAACCUGACCCAAGUUCCUCCCACUGUUGAUGAGAUCACAGUGAAAUUGGAUCUCCGAGGUAACGACAUCCAGGAGCUUCCCACCGGGGCUUUCAAACACACUCCUUACCUGACUCACCUGUCGCUGCAGCGCUGCAACAUCCGCAGGGUGAAGGAGGGGGCUUUCCGCGGCCUCGGCCGCUUGGUCUUCCUCAACCUGGCCAACAACAACAUCGAGAUCCUCUACCAGGAGUCGUUUGACGGUCUGUCCUCCCUGAAGCAGCUUAUGAUCGACCGCAACCGCGUGGAGGAGAUCCAGCCCGGAGCUUUCUCUCAGCUGGGCUUCCUCAACCUGCUCUCCAUCACGCACAAUCGGCUGGUCUACAUCCCCAACUUGGCCUUCCAGGGUCUGCAGAAUAUCAAAUGGCUUCGUCUCAGUCACAACUCUCUGAACUACCUGGACACCGAGGCCUUCGCCGGUCUGUUCACACUCACCCGCCUCAGUCUGGACCACAACGAGCUGCAGUUCUUUCCCUCUGAGACCAUGACCAGACUGCCGGAGGUGACUCGUCUGGAACUGAGCUAUAACCCCAUGACUUACCUCGGGGAAGAGGCGGUGUCCAUGGCCAAGCUCACCCACCUCUUCCUGGACCACAUGUCCCUGCAGGACAUGGCCAACACCGCUGUUUUGAAAUCCCCCAGCCUCACCCACCUGGACAUCAGCUACAACCAGCUGCGUGUCAUUCAGCCCCUCUCUGAAGGUUCGCCCAAGGUGGCACGCCUCAACCUGGCUGGGAACCCCAUCUACUGUAACUGCUACCUGCGUCCGCUCAGGGAGUGGUCUAUCCGUAGCAAGGUGAAGCUGAUGGGGACAUGCGGAGGACCGGCUCAUCUCUCUGGAGAAAACCUGGAGGCCGUACACCCUCCAGAGCUGCGCUGCCAGAGCCAGGAGGCCAUGCUGAAGGCGGAGUUCGAGGAGGCGACCAGACUCGCACCACCGCCCACUGAAGAGCCCCAGAACAAAGUCAAGUGUCCUGCCAACUGUGUCUGUGAGGCCGAGACGCACCAUUCUUCGUGUGAAAACCGCAGUCACACCAAAGUUCCUCGGGGUUUCGCUGCCAACACGCGCCUCCUCGACCUGCGUGGCAACCAGUUCCACUACAUCCCUAGCAACAGCUUCCCCGGUGUCCCCCAGGUUGUGUCCUUGCACUUGCAGCGCUGCAAAAUCGUGGAGGUGGAAGACGGUGCUUUCACUGGGAUGAAGGGUCUGAUCUACCUGUACCUGUCAGAGAACGACCUCACGUCCCUCAGCCCCGAUGCCUUUAAAGGUCUCCCUCAACUGACUUACCUCCACCUGGAGAAAAACCGCUUCACCGGCUUCCCCAAGGGAGCCUUCAAACUUGUGCCCAGCCUGCUCGCGCUCCACUUGGAGAACAACGCUAUUACUAAGUUGGAGCCGGGCAUCUUGACCGGGGCCGAGGGUCUCAGAGCGCUCUACCUCACUGGGAACGCCAUCGAUCACGUGUCGCCCAGAGCUCUGGACCACGCCAGUGACCUCGAUACGCUCCACCUGGGAGGGAACAAGCUGAAGGAUGUGCCCACGGACGCGCUGAGUAAAGUGGGGAACCUCAGAGACCUGAGGCUGUCCAGGAAUUCAGUUCGCUGGGUGGGGCCAAAUGCUUUUCGACCACUGGAGAGGUCGCUGAAGGAGCUCUACCUGGAUAACAUGGGACUGGAGAAGAUGUCGCAGAACUCUCUGGCAGGCCUGGGUCCGGGGCUGAGAAGUCUCUUCCUGGAGGGUAACCAGUUGGAGGAGGUGCCUGACCUCCACCCUCUCACUUCUUUGGAGGUCAUCAACCUGGCUGACAAUCCCCUGAUGUGUGACUGCCCUCUGCUGCCACUACGCUUGUGGAUUGAGAAAGUCAACCUGAAGGUACGAGCCACCUGUGCCAAUCCCCCUGAGCUGAGGGGUCGCAGGGUCAAGGAUGUCCACAUCUUCAAAGCCUGCCCCGGGGGAGAGAGCCUCCCCUCCGCCCCUACGGUCACCCCAAAGUCCGCUAAGGCACCCAAGGCCACCAAACCCAAACCAAUGCACCUCAACGGCCUUAGGCAUGUCAAAAUGCUCCAAGCCAAAUCCAAACUUCGCAAGAGUCCAAACACCAAACAGGCAGCAGCCAAGAAAACCAAGAGACGCAGCAUGGCUUGAACCUGCUGCCUCUGGAGGUUC